CUCGAUAGCGCGGGUAUUUACAGAUGGACGCCACGACUUAAGUCUACGGGUUGUAAGUCGUUGAAACAUGUCUCACUUAGUGUAACUAUCCUGAAAUCCCUAAAACGUGUGUUGCCCACGGAUUCUUGCACAAUCUACUGUCCUUACUGCUUAGCACAAUGUGUUUUACAACUUGUCUCCCCCGAAUAUUUGCCUAUUUAAUCACCAGUCAGCUGUGAAUUUAAACGAUUUCGUGUUAUUUCAUCACAUAACUUUUAAAAACUACUCGCGGAGUGCUUUCCUUUAACUCUAGAUACAUAAAUGCGCCUACAACACUUAUUCCAUAUAUUUAGAUAUACUUUGCCGGAAAAGAUAGCCUAGCAGUGAAAUGCAACAGACGAACAUCGAAUCUUGAAAACCAAACGCCUUAAAUGCAUGCAUAUAACGGCUUACUAGACACUAUGAAGAACCUCUUUUGUACCUGGGACGGGAGUGUGCUGAAUAACUCAGCAAUUUUCGGAUCAAUGAUAUGUAGAAAUUAUUAGGCCCAUGAAUCAUCGAAAGGGUAAUGACUCCACAGAUCUCAGAUUCAAUAAAGCGCAGUUAAAAAUAGACAAUAAAUUAAGUGACACCUAUCGGAAAGAAUGUCUGUAGGCCGCAUUUUAAGUAGGUAGGUGCGGACUACCAGCUGAGAGUCUGCAUGGUCAUCGUAACAGAUGCUUAGGGCUGCCAUAGCUCAGAAUCGUUUACAAUGACGCGUGUGUACUAAGAUUAUCUCCCCUUUAAGUUGAUGGAAUUCUCGUUAAUCUACAUUUUUUAAAUUGUAUCAUGGAUCCCUAAUCUUUCUCAUUACCACAACUGUCUUCACUGCAACUAUUCUGGAAUUUGCCCUUACAAAUUCAUCUCACCUUUGAGGAUAGCAGCAUACACUGGUAUACGCAUGUGUUAGGUUCUACAUUUCUUUUGACUGACUGAUUAUAUAUCCUCGUCAAUCAACUGUCGCCACUUGUAGAAAUCGUUAGUAUUUUGAUUUACAAUUGUAAAGUUUUGGAUUCAUGAGUAGUAACCCUAGUAAAUUUGACAUUCAAAUUAGUUUAAAUGGUUAAGGUAGUAUGUUGCUGCUGAUCAAACCCGACGAGUGCGUUAGACUUGUUAGUCACUGCAAUCACCAGAUAGCACGUAAAUAAAAAUGAGGAUAAAAUUGCCACAUUUUUCUUUUGCACAGGAGCAACAUACAAUAAUAAGACUCAAAGCCGCAAAAGGUUCUGCCCCAUCGUUACAGUCUCUUAUUUCCAGCGAACCACCUCAUCCCCAACUAUACUUCCACCAAUUUGUUCGUGAAUGUCCACUGCUAGCUUCGUUGCCUUUGUUUUCAUGUCAAAAGUUAUAGUCGAGUUGCUUCUUCCCAUAAUUUUCGGAUUUAUUUAAGAUAAGCUACUGAGUGUCCAUUAUGCCGGGUUUUACCUUGUAUUUGUUCUGAAGUUCCUUCGGCUGCCAACACGGCGCGACCAGUCAGACUUCUCGCAAAAGCAAUUGCUGAACUACUGACUUUGAAAUAUAAAGCUUUUCAUUGACUCAUCAUUCCUCCUAUUUUUCAGUUACUACGAAAGUUGCCUACUCGUCAAUCAACUGAAAAAAUUCCCCAAGGCCUCGUCUCUAUCGUAACUAAGGAGUUGAUUUUAUUGUCCACGUUCACCAUGAAGAAAAUAGUAGAAUGGCUUCUUGUUUUAUCUUUGAUUUCCGCAAUAUGGGUGUCUAAAUUAAUGGGAAUUAUCACUGUACAGUCUGACUGCGGCAACAUGAUACUCAACUGGUUGCCUUUUCACCUAUUAUUCAUUUUUGGAACAGUCUCAGUUUUGAUUAUACUUUAUCGUACAUACAGUUUUAAUGAUUGUCCAGAGGCGUCCACGGAGCUUAUGAAGCUAGUCAGUGAAGCAAAAAAAGACCUCGCAGGCCGUGGAUUUGUUUUUGAAUCUUGAUUACUAAAGAACAUAAACCUGAAUAUCUUUGCAUUGUGAUUAAGCUUUCCUGAUGUUAAUUGGUCAGUAUGUAAAUUGUAUAGCCUCACUUCUGCAACUACAGUAUAAAGACAUUUUGUACUGUCACACCAAUAUUUUUAGUUUGCACAAUAAACAGCCUAUCAUGUA